AGUUAUUCGGAAUAUGAGGAUUUGCGGAGAGUGGACAGCCUGGGAUUGAGGAGACCGGCUGGGACUGGGAAAUGGGCAUUCGGGUCGCAUGCCCACCGCAGUGACCCAGAGCCCCUGUCCGGACCGCUAACAAGUUGCUUAGCAACCCGCCGCCCGGCCCUCGGCCACCGCUAGAGGGCGAGCGGGCGGGGAGACGUGCACGCGCGUGCGCGUGCGUGCAAGCGUGUGUGCGCGCGUGCGCGGCGCGGGCUUGGGAGGGAGCACGUCACUUCCUGUUGCCUUAGGGGAACGUGGCUUUCCCUGCAGAGCCGGUGUCUCCGUCUGCGUCCCUGCUGCAGCAACCCGAGCUGGAGUCGGAUCCCGAACGCACCCUCGCCAUGGACUCGGCCCUCAGCGAUCCGCAUAACGGCAGCGCCGAGGCAGGCGGCCCCACCAACAGCACUACGCGGCCUCCUUCCACGCCCGAGGGCAUCGCGCUGGCCUACGGCAGCCUCCUGCUUAUGGCGCUGCUGCCCAUCUUCUUCGGCGCCCUGCGCUCCGUACGCUGCGCCCGCGGCAAGAAUGCUUCAGACAUGCCUGAAACAAUCACCAGCCGGGAUGCCGCCCGCUUCCCCAUCAUCGCCAGCUGCACACUCUUGGGGCUCUACCUCUUUUUCAAAAUAUUCUCCCAGGAGUACAUCAACCUCCUGCUGUCCAUGUAUUUCUUCGUGCUGGGAAUCCUGGCCCUGUCCCACACCAUCAGCCCCUUCAUGAAUAAGUUUUUUCCAGCCAGCUUUCCAAAUCGGCAGUACCAGCUGCUCUUCACACAGGGUUCUGGGGAAAACAAGGAAGAGAUCAUCAAUUAUGAAUUUGACACCAAGGACCUGGUGUGCCUGGGCCUGAGCAGCAUCGUUGGCGUCUGGUACCUGCUGAGGAAGCACUGGAUUGCCAACAACCUUUUUGGCCUGGCCUUCUCCCUUAAUGGAGUAGAGCUCCUGCACCUCAACAAUGUCAGCACUGGCUGCAUCCUGCUGGGCGGACUCUUCAUCUACGAUGUCUUCUGGGUAUUUGGCACCAAUGUGAUGGUGACAGUGGCCAAGUCCUUCGAGGCACCAAUAAAAUUGGUGUUUCCCCAGGAUCUGCUGGAGAAAGGCCUCGAAGCAAACAACUUUGCCAUGCUGGGACUUGGAGAUGUCGUCAUUCCAGGGAUCUUCAUUGCCUUGCUGCUGCGCUUUGACAUCAGCUUGAAGAAGAAUACCCACACCUACUUCUACACCAGCUUUGCAGCCUACAUCUUCGGCCUGGGCCUUACCAUCUUCAUCAUGCACAUCUUCAAGCAUGCUCAGCCUGCCCUCCUAUACCUGGUCCCCGCCUGCAUCGGUUUUCCUGUCCUGGUGGCGCUGGCCAAGGGAGAAGUGACAGAGAUGUUCAGUUAUGAGGAGUCAAAUCCUAAGGAUCCAGCGGCAGUGACAGAAUCCAAAGAGGGAACAGAGGCAUCAGCAUCGAAGGGGCUGGAGAAGAAAGAGAAAUGAUGCGGCUGGUGCCCGAGCCUCUCAGGGCCAGACCAGACAGAUGGGGGCUGGGCCCACACAGGCGUGCACCGGUAGAGGGCACAGGAGGCCAAGGGCAGCUCCAGGACAGGGCAGAGGGCAGCAGGAUACCUCCAGCCAGGCCUCUGUGGCCUCUGUUUCCUUCUCCCUUUCUUGGCCCUCCUCUGCUCCUCCCCACACCCUGCAGGCAAAAGAAACCCCCAGCUUCCCCCCUCCCUGGGAGCCAGGUGGGAAAAGUGGGUGUGAUUUUUAGAUUUUGUAUUGUGGACUGAUUUUGCCUCACAUUAAAAACUCAUCCCAUGGCCAGGGCAGGCCACUGU